AUGGCGGGGCCGGAGCUGCUGCUCGACUCCAACAUCCGCCUUUGGGUGGUCCUGCCCAUCGUUAUCAUCACUUUCUUCGUGGGCAUGAUCCGCCACUACGUGUCCAUCCUGCUGCAGAGCGACAAGAAGCUCACCCAGGAACAAGUGUCCGACAGUCAAGUCCUAAUUCGGAGCCGAGUCCUCAGGGAAAAUGGAAAAUACAUUCCCAAACAGUCUUUCUUGACUCGAAAAUAUUACUUCAACAACCCAGAGGAUGGAUUUUUCAAGAAAACAAAGAGGAAAGUGGUACCCCCUUCUCCUAUGACUGAUCCCACCAUGCUCACUGACAUGAUGAAGGGCAACGUGACCAACGUCCUCCCCAUGAUUCUCAUCGGUGGGUGGAUCAACAUGACGUUUUCAGGCUUUGUCACAACCAAGGUCCCGUUUCCACUGACCCUCCGUUUUAAGCCUAUGCUGCAGCAAGGAAUCGAACUGCUCACUUUGGAUGCAUCCUGGGUGAGUUCUGCAUCCUGGUACUUCCUCAACGUGUUUGGGCUUCGGAGCAUUUAUUCUCUGAUUCUGGGCCAAGACAACGCCGCUGACCAGUCACGGAUGAUGCAAGAGCAGAUGACUGGAGCAGCCAUGGCCAUGCCUGCAGACACCAACAAAGCCUUUAAGCUCUCUGCUGUGACCUGGGAAAGCAGUAGAAGAUGGCGCAAGUCCUUGGGCUCCUGCAGCCACGUGGGAGACCCAGAAGAAGCUCCUGGUUUCAGAUAAGGAAGACACCAUGGUGCCUUCAAAGGAACGCACCAGCACUUCAGUACGAGAAUGUGAGAGUGAAGACUGAAGAAAUGCCAAAAACAGUCAAAAAAUUAAAGUCAUCAGAAGCUGUCUAUUUUUAAAUGAAAGUAUAAGAAUGCUUUCUGAUUCAAGAAACUCCUUAUUAAACUGCUUCCUUACCGUCCUUUCUGCUGUAGCAUAAAAGUGAGCCUGCGUUUGAAUAACCGCCAGCAGGUGACCAGUCACGAGGGAGCCACUUCUCAGUUUCCAGUCUUUUUGCUUAUGUUGCAACAACUUACAAAUGUUUAGUUUUUGUAUCUAGUCUGAUUAUUAUAAUGUUUAUAGUUUAUUUUUACCAAAGAAAUGCAAUUCAUAUGACAAAGUAUUGCAGAAUAAACAGUUCUAUAAUCAAAAAAAAGUAAUCAAGCAAAUCCACAAAUUAAAGAAAUUCGUACAUGACAUGUGCUCCGGUGCGGGAUGCGGGUCUGGCAAGUGGUGGCUCCCCCCACUGCAGCACAAUGCCAACUUUAAAAGGAAAACUUGGAUGAAGCAGUAACAUGAAGGGCCAGUGUUGUGCCACAGUGUGUUAAGCCACCACACGGGACCCUGGCAUCCCAGUACAGCACUGGCUCAAGUCACUGUUACUGCACUUCUGAAUCAGCUCCUGCUAACACACCUGGAAACCAGCAGACAAUGGCUUGAUCAAGUACCUGGGUUCCUGCCACUUGUGUGGGAGACCUGGAUGGGUUCCCUGGCUCCUGGCUCCUGGCUCCAGCCUGGCCGGGCCCUGGCUGGGACAGCAGUUUGGAGAGUGAACCAGUAGAUGGAAGAUCUCAUUCUUUCUCUCUUUGUGUCGAUUUUCAAAUAAUUUUUUUAAAGAUUUAUUUAUUUGAAAGAGUUACACAGAGAGAGGAGAGGCAGAGAGAGAGAGGUCUUCCAUCUACUAGUUCACUCCCCAAUUGGCUGCAGUGGCCAGAGCUGUGCCGAUCCGAAGCCAGGAGCUUCCUCCCGGUCUCCCACGCGGGUGCAGGGGUCCAAGGACUUGGGCCAUCUUCUGCUGCUUUCGCAGGUCACAGCAGAGAGCUGGAUUGGAAGUGGAGCAGCCAGGUCUCGAACUGGCGUCAAUAUGGGAUGCCGGCACUUCAGGCCAGGGCAUUAACCUGCUACCCUACAGCGCCAGCCCCAAGUUUUUUGUUUUUUGUUUUUUGUUUUUUUUU